AUGAUGCCGGCAGACCUCCCUCACUACUUCUCGCCUAAGCGCAAGCGUGAGCCCUCCGAGUCUGACUACUACAGCCCAUCGGUGUCUCCAACGUCUACAGUAUCCGUCGUUAGUCUACAAGAGGCUCGGCUUCGCGAGGAGGUUGAACUUGGACGACACAGUCCUCGAGCAGCGGUGGCAGGGCGUUUUGGAGAAUUGGCCAUUCGGGGAGAUCGUUUCCCUGAGCCAGGGCCACUACACCGCGACUUUCACCAAGAACCCACCCCACAGUCCUCACAGGAAAGAUGUGCACCCGAAAGCUAUCCCCGUAUCGAGAGUAUGCCGGAACCUUUGCCAACUCGUCGCGGCGAACUGCAUGAAGUUCCAGGCCGCCAGUCGCCACCCGAACCGUCGACGCAGGCUUCAAUAGACAUUGCACCGCCUGCCUCCGCCCUAUCGCCUUCAAAAAGAAGCUCCGCCCCAUCAUAUCAUAAACAAACCUCUUCUAUUUCACCUUCCAAGAAUCGCAAACAACGACUAUCACCUCCUCUCACAGAUGCCUCGUCAGAAGAUUCGUUGACUUGGCAUGAUAAUGAGAUAACAGGCCACGAACCUACAGACCCAACUGAUGAUGGGUACGGCAUCAAUGGCGUGGGAUUCAAACCGACAGCGGCCAUGGCUUGGGCUCGGUCACAGAAACGCCAAAAGCAAGUCGCCGAGUGGAAGACGCGCGAGGCACGGGACGCGCGUGAGAAGCGACGAUCACGGAGGAACGAAGACAUCGCUCUGGAGAAGAUACAUGGUGUACAUCAAGGCGCCAUUCAGAAGCGAGUCAAAUUUGACGUCUAA